AUGACCUUAAGCUUUUUUGAUCAGUUUAUAAGCCCCGUUUUUAUAGGAAUUCCCUUAGCAGCCAUCGCUAUUGCCCUCCCCUGAGUCCUUCUUCCCACCCCUACUGCCCGAUGAACAAGCAACCGAUUUCUAGGUCUCCAGGGUUGAUUUAUUAAUCGUUUCACACAACAGCUUCUCCUCCCAGUAAACCUUGGAGGACAUAAAUGAGCAGCUUUAUUAACCUCUUUAAUAAUUUUUCUAAUCACAUUAAAUAUACUUGGCCUUCUUCCCUACACUUUCACCCCCACAACCCAACUCUCAAUUAAUUUAGGCCUUGCAACUCCCCUUUGACUAGCAACUGUAAUUAUCGGGAUGCGAAAUCAACCAACCCAUGCCUUAGGUCACCUUCUCCCAGAAGGGACCCCUGGCCCUCUAAUUCCAGUGCUAAUCAUUAUCGAAACAAUUAGUCUGUUUAUUCGUCCCUUAGCCCUGGGCGUCCGACUGACGGCUAAUCUAACAGCAGGACACCUACUUAUUCAGUUAAUUGCCACAGCAAGCUUCGUACUUCUAUCUCUUAUGCCCGCUGUAGCUGUUACUGUUACCGUAGUACUAUUUUUACUCACCCUUCUUGAAGUCGCCGUAGCUAUAAUUCAAGCCUACGUAUUUGUUCUUCUAUUGACCCUUUACUUACAAGAAAACGUUUAA